CACUAUUUUCAUCAGUAUCGCCUUGAAUCCUUCUCUUGCAAAUCAGCUUCCAUUAAUUUUCAAUGCAUCUUUCCCCCUCCUUGUGUUGAAUUCAAAAUGCAAUUCAAAAUCCUUAGCAUGCUAGUAGCUUUUGCUACUGCAAACCUCCCGCCAAUAAUUUACCGGGGCGACGCUCGCAGUCCUGAGACAAUCAGAGCUCAUGGCGGUUUCCUCCCGCGCGGCGGCUCAUUUGGUGAACCCAAGGAUUCUGACAUGAGCUAUGAUCAACACGUUAAAAUGGAGCCCGGCAAACCAGGAUAUAACCAAGAUCCGUUCAUUUCAACCUCUAAAGAUUAUGACUGGAUUUAUGGAUACUUCGGAAGGCAUUUCAAGGGCAGGGAUGUGUGGAUCUAUUACAUCAAGACAGAGGGCCUCAGGAAUGCGAUUGAUAUUAAUCAGGCUUAUAUCGAAGACGGCAUCCAAAACAAUCACGCCAUUGAAGAAGAAGUUGCGGUGAAACAUAUCAUCCCUUGGUCCCAGGUUGUUAAAUGGGAUAGAUACAAGAUUAGCGCCGACGGGAAAGAAAAGACAAGAAUAACAGGCUAAUAACCUUUGUACCCUAAGAGAAU